ACUCACGAACGUAGAGGGCGAGAAAACUGAUAUCGCACCACACCGGCAGCAGCAAUUAGUAGGUAAUUGCUCUUUUGUAAUCGAUUCAUGACAUUGGAUUCUAAAGUUAUCUUGCAGCAAUCAUGCUUUCCAAUAUGGACUUCAUCAAUAAGGAAUUGGAGGACGUUAGAAAACGAUGUGUGAAUGAAGUUCCCGGGUCCGAGAUUGUGGCUUGCCAUCCUGCUGCCGUCAGGAUAAGGAUUGUGAGAACAAAAUACAAGAAGUUGGAAGUUUGCAUGCAGUUUCAAGGGAAGUAUCCUGAUGAACCAAUAAUAAUUGAGAUAAAGAGUAAGACAAUUCCAGACAAACUUAGGGAAGGCUUGACUAAGAUCUGUGAUGAACAAGCCAAGACGCUCCUUGGAAAACCUCAGAUCCUUCACGUUGUGAAGUUUGUUCAACAGUUUCUGGCUGACAACCCAUUCAGUGUAUGCAGCGAAGAAGUGUCGUUUAUCAAACGAGAACUGAUCACGGAGAAAGACGAGAUAAAGAUGAAGCAGAAGUCGGGAGUCAUCGUUAUCACGAUACGAGAAGCAGAAUACUUCAUGAAGUUCAGAUUAAAGGUUCCUGAUCUAUAUCCAGAACAACAGAUUGUGCUAGAGAAUGUAGAAAACAAUUUUCCUGAAUUAUUUCACAAGAUGUUCUUAGCUCAGACGGAGGAGAUGGCAAGACGAUGCGUUCAACCUCCACUAAAAAGGAAAACUAAGGAUCCUCCGUUUGAGCCGUCACCUUCCCUGAAGAAAGUAGCGGUCUAUCUGAUUGAUUGUUUACGGACGUACCCAGGAUCCAUAUGCCCGAUAUGUAGAGAAAGAGCAUUCACCCCCAAUCCUGAGCAUGCCGUCAAAGAUGAGACGCAUGGGCGGUUUGUAGUGUGGGUGUAUUGCGGUCAUAUAUUCCAUAAAGGAUGUCUCGAUGAAUUCUUCAAAACGCCUCCAUUUACGGGAGGCAAGAAGUGCCCAUCUUGCGGGAAAAGAAUCUAUCACGACAAAUGGAACAUCACCCCAAAGGUAGCGGAGGAGAGAUGGGCUCACCAGGAAGCCAGACAGAGAGAACUCGAUGAAGUGGUAGACUUCCUUCAAUGACGGUACCUCAUCGGCAUCCAAUGAUAUAAUGUAUUUGUAAUCUAUAUACACUGACAUCAAUGUGAUGCUAUGUUGUCAUUGACGGCAUCUGAACUACAUCCAACGGUAAAAUGUAUCUGUGAUUUAUGUACACUGACAUCAAGGCUUUAGACAAGACCUUGUGUCUGAUGUGACUCGUGUAUCAGAGACAACGCGACUAGAAAGAUAAGACUAGUCGCUCAGACCUGAGUGAGUCGCUCGAUUUAGCAUUCACCCGGGUCUCGCUAACUCUCUUCGUCGACUGCUGAUCUCAUCUCAGCAAAUAUUUGACGAGGAAUAUAUCCAAGUCACAAGACCUUGUCAAAAGGCUAUGUGAUGCCAUGCUAUCAAUGACGGCAUCUGAGCUACAUCAAAGGAUAAAAUGUAUCUGUAAUCUAAAUUUCCAUGUUAUCUACAUCCAACAACAAAAAGAACGAGAGACAAACGUACAAUCACCUGCAAAGAUGUUCCCUGAUAUUUCUUUGAAAGAAUCAUUCAACGUGAUACAAAGAUAUUUCCUGUAAUUGCUGAUUUCUGAAGAUUUAAAUCUGAUUUGACCGAGGAAGUGUAGAGAGGUGUUUUAACAGCCUAGAGCGCCCUCUUUCUUUUAUAAGAGAUGCUGUCAAUGAUGGUACCUCAACUACAUCCAACGAUAAAAGGAAGCAAAAGUGUCAAAUUCCUGCCAAAUUUUAGAAUGUAUCUUUAAUCUCCGUACAGUGAGAUCAAUUCAAUAUCCUGUCUGUACAUGCUUUUCAGUGAUAGCAUUUCAACUUAAACUACAUCCAAUGAUAAAAGGAAACAAGAGUAAAAAAUGUUAAAUUUCCUGCAAAAGUGUUAAAUGUAUCUUUGAUCGAUACACUGACAUCAAUGUAACUCUGUGAUAUCUUGCUUAUAAAUCUUAACUACAUUCAAAGAUAAAAGGAAGCAAGGGACAAAUUUUAAAUUUCUUCCAAAGGGUGCACUUUUAUCUCUAAUCUACAUACUCAGACAUCAAUGUAAAACCAUGGUGUCUCGCCUACAGAUGAUGUCAAAUUGUCAACAGUGACAUUUCAAUGUUAACCACAUCCAAUGACAAAAGGAAGCAACAGACAAAUUUUAUAUUUCCUGUGAAAAAAUGUAUUUUUAGUCUACAUACACUGACAUCAAGGCCAUAUUGUGAUGUCACCGGAAACAUCUCAGCAACAUUUAACAACAUCCAAUGACAAAAGGAAGCAAGGUAAAACUUAAAAUUUCCUGAAAAAAGUGUAUAAUGUAUUUAUAGUCUACAUACACUGACAUCAAGGUCAUAUUGUGAUGUUACUGAAGACAUCUCAACAACAUCCAAUAAUAAAAGGACGUCUUUAAUGAGGGCAUUUUUAUAUAUGCUACAUCCAACUAUAAAAGGAAGUAAAAGACAAAAAUGAAAUUUUCUGCAAAGUCUAAUGUAUCUUUAAUCUACUUUCACUGACUUCAAUAUAUUAACAUGAUGUUUUAUAGAUGUUGUUAAUGAUGGCAUCCCAACUACAGUAUCCAAAGGUAAAUAGAAAUGGGAGACAAAUAUGAAAUUUAUUGUCAAAUUUUCCUUCCUGAAACUCUGCCGUUUCUCGACUAGUAUGUAUUGAUAAUAAUAUUCUCUGAUCUUGCGAUAAUGUUCCAUCAAUAUCUAAUAUAUCCUGAAUAUACACUAUGUUGUUUAUUUCUGCCUUGAAAUAACCCCAGUUUGAACAAAAUAUUAGCAAUGGGAACAAUUACUUCCAUAUCAGAACUUACAUAAAGUUAUGUAUUUGCACUUGCUUCUCUCGACAUGCAUUCAUAUUCCAGUUGAUUGCUGGCACAACAUCAAAUCUGAUCUGGUCCCUCAUCAUUGUAACUUCAUCAUUCAUAUCAAACUUGCAAAGUCAAUGUCUAAUACCAUGGAAAUAAUCAAUUCGUCUAGAUCAUUGGGUUGACUUAUAAUUCCUUUAUCCCUUUCUCUUGCUGUUGACAGUGUGCUCCAUGAUUGAGUAAGCCCACUCACUUUCCAAGUUGCACAUCCCCUCCUAGGCUUGUUCUAAUGGAACAGGUGGUUCCUUUUUUUUUAAGUGUACCGUGUGCUUUAGCAAUAACUAUUUUGGUAAUGAUGUAAAUACCUCUUGCCUGACAUCAUAGUGGGUGGCAAAUGUGCAGGUCAUGCUUCUCAACAUUCUGACGAGGGACAUGAAUCGGUUUCAGAGCCUUGUCUAACAAAAAGUGCUCUCCGUCAGUUCCAUGUACCUGCGUUUUUUUUUAGAGGAUGGCAGUAAGCUCAUGUUGCUAUUCUUCUUGAUGUUGAGUUAUUCUUUUUCGUAGACUUUGGAUGGUUUUAAUUUUUCUACUCUGCACAUAUGUUGUCAUAGUGGGUAGCAAAUGUGCAGUGAACACUUGUCAACGUUCCAACUGACGAGGGCCUUGAAGCAGUUUCAGAGCCUCGUCUAGCAAAACGUGCUCUUUGUCAGUCCCAUGUACCUGUGUUAUUUUUUUAGAGAGUGGCAGUAAGCUCAUGUUGCUCUUCUUCUUGAUGUGCAGUGAACACUUGUCAACGUUCCAACUGACGAGGGCCUUGAAGCAGUUUCAGAGCCUCGUCUAGCAAAACGUGCUCUUUGUCAGUCCCAUGUACCUGUGUUAUUUUUUAGAGGGUGGCAAAAAGCUGAUGUUGCUCUUCUUCUUGAUGUUGAGUUAUUCUAUUUCGUAGACUUUGGAUGGUUGGAAUUUUUCUACACUCUGUGCAUAUGUUGUCGUCAUUGUGUGUGACAAAUGUGAGGUGAACACUUCUCAACGUUCCAUUUGAUGAUGGCCCUGAUGCCAAUGUAGGAAAUGAGGGUGACGGGAGAUUUCGCCUCAUGGCAGCUCAAAUUGCCCGUAAAAUUCCCCCAAAUGCAUGCUUUGGGGUGACUAUUCGCCCCAAGAUCUGUCACAAACAAUAUUAAAGAUUAUUUAGAAAAUUUAACCAUCGUAGAAUAUUGUUUUUUUGCAUUUACUGCAUAAUUGCUUGUUGCCCAAGUAGCUCUUAAAAUGAAAGAACUAACCCCCGCAAUUCUGCAAUUGCCCCAGUGUGGAAAAACAAGAUAGCCCCUAAAAAUAAAAUUAUUUUCAACCCUGAUUGAUGCAAUUUUUGGUAUCUGUCUGUUUGGUUCUACACACCAUAAUGGCAAAUUAUUUGUAUCAACUGCUGGGUGUCAGAGUACAUGUAUCCAAUAUCAUAUGCAUUGCCGUAUGUGACCGUUCUGUUGAAAUAUCCCUGGCAAAUAUGAUGAUUGGUAUCCCCAACGGGAACUUCUGGGGCCCGUCUUACAAAGAGUUGCAAUUAAUCCGAUCAAUCGUAACUAUAGAAGGCCAGCAAAGUCAACAUAUAAAAUGCAUGCUUGUUCAAAAAAUUUCUAGAUAUCAAUGCAUAUCGAUAAAUUAUUUGAUUUCUUGAUUUGGUGUGUUCUCCUUUGUUUACAAAGGACAUUUUGCAAAUUUCCUGUGGAAAAAAAAUUAAGACACUAAUUGAUUUCCAUAGAGUUACGAUUGAUUGGAUCAGUCGUUACUCUUUGUAAGACGGGGCCCAGAUUCUGUCUGAUCUCAUUUCCUUUUAGAAAUUGAAGAGAGAAGAGACACUGCUUUUGACGAGACAUGAUUCCUGUGCCCACCUGAAGAAAUGGGUGUGUCCACAUUGGUCAUUACAUCACCUCUCUCUGGUAGAAGAAUGAUCCUUGUCAUGCAGUGUUGACAGACUAUGUGUGGAACACCUUGAACUGUAUCAAGCGCAAAUAUGCCUCGUUACUUAUUUUCAAUCGAGUCAAAUUGAGUUGCAGCUCUUAUCACUUGAGCUAGGCCAACUUCAUUCCAGGAAUUGUACUUUCAUUUUAUUUCAUUUCAUAUUCCACAUUAAAAACCAUC